AUGUUUUCCCUUAGGUUAGUGUUCCUCGUGCCGUUAAUCAUUAAACAUAGGGAGAACAGACUUCGACACAACACCGGGCUCACCCGUGCAAAACUAGUGCUACGGUACGAGGACACAGAUGCCUAAUUAAAAUAGUAACACUGGAGAUAAUUUGGAGAUUCUGCAAGGUGGGUGUCAAUAAGUGACGGCCAUAUUUGCGGUGCAGCUGUGCUGUAAACAAAAAAACUGUCGGAGGGAUACAGGAACGCAGUGAUUUCAGGGCGAUUUGAUUUACUACAAUGUCUUUGGGAAUGUCUUACAAACCUAACGCCCACCAGCAUGUUCCAGGAAUUUCCGUGUAUCAAGUGGUGCACUCCCAGACUCAGAGUUUAGCUACACAGUCUUACAAAUCUAUUCCUAAUGAUUUUGGACCUCCGUCGCUGAGUUUUUCACAGCAGGGUUGUAUUGCAACCUCAAUGCCUCAAAGCAAGUAUGCUGAACUUCUAGCCAUUAUAGAGGAGCUGGGUAAGGAAAUAAGGCCAACAUAUGCUGGGAGUAAAAGUGCCAUGGAGAGGCUUAAAAGAGGCAUCAUAAUUGCCAGAAGCCUGGUGCGCGAAUGCUUGGCAGAAACUGAAAGAAAUGCAAGGUCCUAACACUCAAAACAGAUCCAGCGGAUUCCAAACAGAGUUCACCAGCUUGAAAAUGAACUUUUUUUCUAUUGCCUGUUUAAAAACUGAUUUGAAGCUAUUAUAACACAUACCAAUAUAGCAAUAUCGCUAUAGCUUCUGAUCUGUACAUCAGAGGAUUUUCCUGAAUAUAUGUUCCCAAUUGGGAAUAAACUAUGCUCUCUAAACUACCGAAAUGCAAGCUCUGAACUAUUCAUGUUACUUAUAAAUGCCCUUUAUGUUUAUUACAUUUUAUGUCUAAAAUUAAUUUUAUGCUGUAGGACUGCAAACAGGAGUUGGCUAAGGAACAAUUUGAGACAACGGCACUACUCAGAUUAUUUGGAUGUAUCAAAAUGCAGACUAUCAUUUAAAACACACUUAACUGUCAGUAAAACAUUCAAAUCAGAAAACCCUGGUGGCUCCAGUAUAGCUUGUAACAUAUUUUAAAAAAUGUACAUCUCCUUGGCUGAAUAAGUUAAAAUUUAGUUAUCCAGAUAGUCUUUAAUGACCCUUACAGUUAUUUUUUCCUAAUCAAAAACAUUAUUGACUAAGGUGCUUUUUGAUUUGAUGUGAAAAUGUU